UUUGGAAGAAUCAACUAUCCGUUCCUAUAAGGAAACAGGAAGGCCACCCAGAUUAUCUUUUGCGCGAACAUCCGAUGAGGAACAAGGAGCAGGUUCUAAACAGAAAAACAAGAAUUUGACGCAGUCACCUAAACCGAGCACCUGA